GAAAAUGGGAUUAUUGAUACUAACAGUAUUAUCAGCUGGAGAGAGCUCGCUUGCAAGUAUAUAGCCACUGACUAUUCCAUCAUACGAAUCCUUGAAUUCCUUGGAUUACAUACAGAUCAUCCUUUGUUCAGUUACAUACCGUCGUCGCUAUUUGCCCUGACAUAUUGUUGAGAAUUCCAUUAUGAUUGAUUUCAAUACCGAGAUAGUCACCGUCGAUCUGACUAACAGUUUCGAGCUGCAACACCAAUGGCGUACAAACCCAGAUACCUGCGUGAGGCCAAAUUUGGAAUUUGAUCUUCCUGUACUCUGCCAAGUCAAUAAAGCUUACGGCGAACCAUCUGACAUAACCUCGUUGGGAAAAGAGUACGACGCCUUUGCGGAAUGCUGUCCAAGCUUUAAUCAACUAAACAUACAUCAAAACCACUGGCUAGCUAGCAACGUCUGCCACACACAGUUUUGUUUCACGGAGAAUAAUACAACAGCAAUGGGGUUCGAUGAAUGCGUCUACAAUGCUGGGGACAAACUGAACAGCGACCUCAAACUUAACUCGACGGAGAGUAGUACAUACCGUGGAAGAUGUGAAUGGAUCAACUACGACAGCCUUAAGAAGGGAGUUGUUGAUGAUCCUGCGGACAUUACGAAUGCCGCCUCCACACCAAGGCUUCUGUCUUUAGCCUUGCUCGCCACAACAUUGACAGGGGCCUUUCUGGUGCCCUCACUAAUGUAAAGAAGAGCAACUGUAGUUACGGAUAUAGUGAAGUAAUGCGGAAUGAUAUGUUAGUUAGCCGGGUGACUUAGGAAUUUCGGGAAUCCCAGAUGGUCUUGUACAACGAAAAAGAACCUGUGGCAAUGGCUUCAUAUUUCUAAUAGGCUGACUUUAUGCUAUUCCACGAAUACAUAUCAAUUUUAUCUCGGU